UAGAUCCGAGAGCACGAAGCUGUUUUCUUCAGUUUCUCCAUGUUAUAGAAAGCGCUCUUCGCUCCUAGAACCGAGUUCGCUACCAAGGCAACGGGGCUGUAUGAAUCUGUUGUUUCUGUGCCUGAUAUUGUGGUAUUUUCUCCGUCACUGUCCCGCAAUGAUGAGCGAAAACAACAACAGAAACACCGGCAACUUCAACGAGAGCCCGCCGUACGUCGUCGGGAUAUUGUCGCCCUCGACGACGGUCUAUAUCGACCAGGUGCCGGCGAACGGGCGGGACGUCUCCCCGCCGAACGACUUGAACCUGAGGCGGCGAAACAACAACUCCUUCCAGAUCACCAGUGUGACGGUCCAGGGGUCGCGCAAAAACGACGACUUCGCAGACGACAGCGCGGACGAUUUGGACGAGACCAGCCACACGGACGACCUGAGCUCCGACUUCCUGGACUCGUCCCGAGCCGACAAUGAGGGGUAUCACUCGGAGGACAUCGCAGAGGACCUCUGCUCCCCCUGUGGACCGAUCAUCUUCGCGACUCAGCUUCCCGCGUCCAACCAUCCCCCCAACAUGAACCUUGGCAUGGUCGGCGUGACGCCGACUUUCGCCGCCAUAGGGCCUGUCGCCGGCGGCGUGACUAUGAUGACCAGCAAGUCCGAGAGUCCGAUUAGUGCCCAAGUGCCCAUCAUGAAUCCUCUGCCGGACAACUGGCAGAGGAGGUUCAAAGUGGUGAAGAUUGUCAGCAGCGAGCCAUUCCGCAGGGGCAGGUGGUUGUGCAUGGAUUUCAAAGACCCACCAUCGCAAUCGGACAUCCGAGAAUCUGCUUCGAACGGGACGAACACUCCUCCGACCAUCCAGAUCACCAACUGUGACGCAGAAGAGAUGCAGCCGGUUGAGCAACUGCUGAGCGGCAGUUUUGCCCAAGUGUACGAAAUUCCCAUCAACCAGACAUUCAACGGAAAUUUCGUCAUGGCGAACCAGCAGCAAAUGUACGGUAUCAUCUUGCCCCAGAGUGACAAUCUGCAGCCUGUCACUUUAGUUCAAGACAUGAGCUUACAGACCGCGUUGCCGUUCGACACGAACUUUAACAACCUGGUUAAUGCUCAGAAUAAUAACAUUUUGGUGCAGCAAGACGCGCUGGUUCAUGAGAGCAUCCAAAACUUUAACAAGCCCGUGGCCACACUCGUCAACAGUAGCAGCAUUCCAAACCAGUCCCCUCCUUCGUCGCAAUGUGCCAAUAACAAUAACAAUUACAUCAACAGCAGUCCUCAAACCGUCCUAAACCACGUGAAUUCUCAAGACCCAAUGGAUUCCAUAGUGCCUCUUUCACGAUCAAGAACUAAUUCUGAAAGCAAUAGAUUGUUGAACCACUUCCCACCUGCUCGCUUUGACAAAGUGGAUACGGAGAACUCAGAAAGUUCCCAAACUGCCCCUGAAAAGAUUCCUUCUUCUGAGCUGGGACACGAGGUCGACCCAACCGCUGGAAGUGCUGCAUCAACUGGAGCAAAUACAGUUGCAAUCGACAACAAAAUUGAACAAGCCAUGGAUCUGGUGAAAAGUCACUUGAUGUUUGCUGUGCGUGAGGAAGUUGAAGUCCUGAAAGAAAAGAUUACAGAACUCCUUGAACGGAUUUCCCAGUUGGAACACGAAAAUGAUAUCCUUCGUGCUAAUGCUUCUGCGGAAACUUUGAAGCAGCUGAGUAACCAAAAGAAGAAUACUGCUGGUGGAACGGGGAAGCCACAAGUGGCUGCAGCCCCACCAUCUAAUUAAAGUAAUGCAUUUUUCAAAUGGUUGAAGAAAAAAAAGUCACUGAUGCAGUAUUUUGGAAGUUUAUGUGAUUUGUUUUAAUUUGGUUUGAAUGUGAAUGUAACAUUAAACCAUAAAAAGUUGGUUAUCAUGUCAUAGGGAUAUCCACACUUCAGUGAUGGAUGAUAAACAACAAUUUAAAUGAAGAGAAUUUUCUUAUCAAUGUCCUUUAAAUAUUUGAUAGAUUGCUUGAAAUUCAUCGACUAUAUAAGCAUUGUAGUACUAAUGUAGAAUGAAUCUUUUUAAAAAUAUUUUUAUUUAAUACAGAGCUUGCAAGCAUCAAAAUAAUUACUUUUACUAAUUAAAAGUACUGUGCAUUUAUUUGUUACCAAGGUUGCUAACUUUGUUAUUGAAUGAUUACAUUUAUUGCUGACUUUUCUUUUCUUUUGGCUUGAUUCCUUGAAAAGAAUCCUUUAGCCAAAUUGUAUUAACUCUCUCAAGGAAUGAAAUCAAAUAAAAAGUCAGAUUUGUUAAAACAAUGGUAAAAUGGUGAUUAUUUGAUGCUUCCAAAUCUACUUAUUUAUUGUUUUUCUUGUUUGUAUUAAUUUCUUAAUUUUGUGUACUUGUCACUGAAAAAACCCCAAGUUAGUAUGUUGUACAAUGUGUUUUUAUCCCAUAUUUUUGUGCCAUUACGUUUCUCAAAUGUACAAUCACAAGUAUUAUUUUAUUACCUCAUUGUUAGUGGUCGGAAGGUUUCAAAAGUGCCAAGUACACGAGACUUCACUAGGCUAAUUUUUACUUGAUUUUAUUAUAUUACAUAACAUUUCAUUUUCAUCAUCAGCUUCAACAGUGGAAAUUCAUUUCAUUUAAAUGUUUGUUUAUAUUACCAUGCCAUGAUAAUCAACAUAUUUUUUACCUGCAUUGUGAAGAAAGGUAUAUGCUACUAAAAAGAAGUGGUUCUUAAUGAGAUAAAGGGUCCUAUAAAGUUAUGUGGUAAAUGUUGAGAGAUUUUACUCUGCAUAAGUUUGUAAGUUGCUUAAGUAAGUUAAAUAUACUUGAUUUUAAAGGCUGCAGCUACUUUAACCUGAAAAAAAGAAACUGCAGCCAAGAUUCAUUUCAUUUGCUGAGAAACUUUUUUAAAAGUGCACUAAUAUAUUGUGCAAUUUUGCAAAAAGUUUAAUGUCGACAUUCGUGACAUUUUUUCUAUAGGUUGGCAGGUUAUUGGAGUAACAUAUAUGAAGUAGCUUUCAUACUUACUUAGCAGUAUGUUAAAGGGCAUCUGUAUUGUUGAGAACCACUGAAAUGGAGCAAUUUUCCCCUUUCAUAUAUACCUUCUUUUAUUUUAUUUUUAAAAUAAUAAGUGGGGAUGAACCCCAUUUAAAUAUUUAAAAAAUGUUACAGUAUUCAUAUAUGCUGCAGCUCCAAUUCCUUUGAUUACUAUUGAAAAUGACAAAGGGAAGUUUUACAAGCAUUGCUGAGAAAUGCUUAACGGUAAAAAUGCCAUUGCAAAAUGAUUAUUUUUUGUGUAAUUUGUGUUUGUCGGGAAAUAUGCUGUUGAUGUCAGUCCAGUAAUUAAACUGCCGUUUCAGUUGCAUCAUCUGGUGCACACUACAUUUGACUGGAGCUGGAUAUAUUUCCUGCAAUUUCUAAAGACUACUCAUCUCGAGCAUAUCCAUUACAAAAUAAUUGAUGGAACGUCUCUCACGAACUUCACUAAUGCUCAUCAUUCCUAAAAUAGGAUUUGUGCUAAAUGCGCUAAAAGGUAGUUCUAUAACAGUAGUGCAGUCUCUGCCGAAUAGAAUGGCCAUGCUUCUAAUACUUGUUUCAUGGAGUCAAAAUGCUUCAGGAAGGUACAAAGCUUUUCAAGAUCUUUCAUGCACUGUGAUAAAGAAUGUGUGAUGAAGUUAACCAAAAAUGUGCUUGUCUGUGUUUGUAAGGAGCAGCAGAUGCAUUGAUUUUUCUGACCGGUGCUGAAAAGUGAUGAAAGAUCACGCUUAGUGGCAAACAGCCAUUGGAACUAAACAGCCAUAUAUAUAUAUUACUCAGUAGGAAGACACCAAAGCUGUGUUUCUGUGUUUAAAAUUGUCGAGUCACGUUUGUCACUUUGGAAAUGCUUAACCUCUUUGUGAAAUCUGAUUUAUAUAUAUAUACACAUAUAUAAAUAUAAUUUAUUUUUUUCAUUACAAAACAAUCAUGAUUAUGUACUAGGGAAUGCUGGUACAAAUAUUGCAUUGAUUCCUCUAGCGCUAAACUGUCUUUGCUGAUAAAGAUGUAUCAUAAAUAAGAUUUAAUAGUUGUUUUCUGUAUUUAUAUAUAUGUUUCUUUUUUACAUAUAUUCUAAAGGUUGUGUCUUUUUGUUUCAGAAAGGGUAUUUUUUAAUAGAGGUCACUGUUGAAUAGCAAUGUUCUGUGAUACUUAAUCUUCUAUUAAGUUUGUGGACAAAAAUGUAGAUACAAAUUAAAAUCACUUUUCCUUAGUUCUGAAUUUUUACUUACAUAAAUAUGCCUUGCAUGUCAAUAACAAAUUGAAUGCUCAAAUAGAAUGAUAAUCAUGGAUAAUCAUGAAACAAAAGCAGUUAAAUUUAUAUCUAAUAAGUGAUUCAUACACAUAGCUUUAUAUAGUUCCAAAUAUAUUUGCAUAAUCACUGUUUGUACAAAAUCUUUUUGCCUCUGAUGAAAAGUGCUUCCUGUGUUUUUUUUUAAAUAAAUCUUUUGUUUAAUGCCUUGAACUAUUUAGGGUUUAAAUUUUACAUUCAUGCUUUUAGGAAUUUUUCUUAAGACAAGUUUAUUACUGUCUCUGAUCCAUGACAUUGUAGUUCACAUACGAUCAGCAAACUUCUGUUGGAAUCCAUCAUUUCAUGAUAACUUCAUUUGUUAAUUUAUCAUUUGUUAUGCUAUUUCUACUCUUAAAUCAUUAAAAGUGUUGUCACGAAUUAUACGUUGUUGAAAUGAGAGAUCCAGGAGUAUCAUGUUUUUUUAAAAGAUGCGCACAACUUAAAAUUGAGCUACAUUGUUGAAACAUAAGUACCUGAUUUUUUGCUUUUGCUGUGAUAAAAACUUGUGGGACAUAGUUCACUUUUAUUUUUAUCAUAAACCUUACUCUUAAUGAAAAAAAUUUUACAACAAAAUGUUACAAGCGUUGAAAAUGAAAUACUGACUGCUAUUAAGCUAAACAUUUGUCAAAGUUGUUUCAUAAUUAAUAAUUGUUGACAAAAUUUUCUUAAAAGUGCUAAAUAUUUUAAAAACAUUUUGCUAUUUCCUUUUAGAAACUAUUUUUAGCUAUGCAUUAUAGAAAUUAUAUUUUAGAAAAAACAAAAAGUAUUUAUAUAUGCAAAUGCUUAGCUUCAAUAGACAAAAUGUUAAGAGAAGUAUUUUUUCUUUUUUGCAAAAAAUAUACAACCUCCAAGAAAAGUUGGACUGCUAUUGCUCAAGUUUUUUACUUAUUCUUUCAAAUAGCCCAAUAAUUCUUUAAAUGUGCAUUUUUCAUGCAGAGGCAAAAGUUAAAAUGUAGUUUUUCAAACCAAGGAACUAAUAUGUAAAUGAAAACAUUCUGUAUGUGCAUUCACAAAUUUUAUGGCUUGUGUAAUUUUAAGUGUUAUGUAUUUCUCUGAAAAUAUAUUCAAUGUCCCUCUUCAAUUCUGAUGUAACAUUUGCAAAAUGUACACAGCAUAUAUAAAAGAUUUCCUUAGAGAUGUGCAUGCUUCUUUUAAAGAAAGCUAGAAAUUAUUUUUGUGACUUGCCAUCUGAUACUUGACAUUCAUAUACCACUAGAAUAUCACUCUUGUAAUGUUUGUUAUCAUCUUGCAUAUAGAUGUGUUGUCUUUCCUAUCAAUUGAAAAUAUUUGAUUUAUUCAUUUGUACAUAUGUGAAAUAAAAGUGAUCUUGUUUGUUAUUUAAA